AUGUCUGCUGGUCCAUCAGUUGGUAAUAGUAAUGCUCUAAUCGUACCAAUAUAUGAUAAAAUUCCUUUGUCCCAUUUACUUGACGCUGCUGUACAAAAAACUUAUCAUGAAUUAUACACAAUGGCAGAUGUUUUACAUAGUAAAUCAAACUUAGAACGAAAAAUAGAAUUAAUUAAAUUUGCUUGUCGUGCUAGACAAUUAUUUAUACGAAUUUUAGCUGUUGUUAAAUGGGCAGCAACAACAGGAAAAGUGACUGCAUGCGAGGAUAUACAAAAUUUUCUUGAACAUCGUGCUCGAUUAAUACGUGAAACAUCUGAUUCAUUAGCUCAACUUGCACGUGAAAAACUUCUUGAAGCUCGAGUACCUAGUUUUCCUGUAACAGAUGCUAUUGAUGCAAUGACACUUGGUUCUGUGAAUUUUUUGCCUAAACGAAUCGCAGAAGUCACAACAAUUUUUACACCAGCUACUGAGAGUGAACGUCAACAAAUUUUACCACGUCUUCAACAAAUUCUUACAACAAGAAUAUCAACUUCGGAAUUACCUAUUCAAUUUACGACUGUAACAAUAAAAAAUGGAUUAGUAACAUUGACCGUUGAUAGAGAAUUUGAAGUUAAACUAGGAAUUACAAAUGAUAAUCUAUCAUCUUCAUGGCGUCUUUAUCAAACAAAAUUAUUUUUACAAGAUCCAGAAGAACCGGAACAAGAUCUUGUUCAUCCGAUGCAAAUACAAGUAUUAACAAAUUAUAUUCAGAGUUGGCUUAAUGAGUCUGAAAAACCAUUGGUUGAUCUUUAUCAUUAUCUACAUUAUUAUUGUCAAUCAUUACGUUUACAAGUUUUAUAUGAACAAGCUCAUCGAAUACGUAAUCAAGGUGCAAAACAAAAAGAUUUACAUAUAUCUGGUUAUAAUCCAUGUAAAAGUUUUUAUAUUGAAUAUUGGAAAGAAUAUACUGCUAGUAUUAAUAAUAAUCAACAGAAAAAACAAAUUCUCAAUGGAAAAAAUAUGGAUAUUGGUAUGACGAUUAUUUGUGAUGAUGAUGGAGAAUUUCAAAUACAACAUUGGCCACCCUUACCUAUUGAUGAUACAGUUGCCAUUUUAAAAAUUUUAGACAAGCCAAUAUUUACAAUGGAAGAAAUUUUAAAUCGAACAAUUUAUGCACGAUGUCAACGGCGAUUUGAAGAAUUAAAAGAAACUAUUUUAUCAACUACUAAAGCAAAUAUUGAAAUCGAUUCAUCAAUUCCAGCAUUAAAAUGUGAAUUUCUACCUGAAAGUACAUCGGAAGAAAUUUUAUUUAUAUCAAUUAAUCCAUUUUCGGGUUUAUUUAAAGUUGUUUCUUAUAUGGAAACUCGCUAUUCACAACAAAUUGAAAAUGCACUUAAUCGUGAACAAACAAAUUUAAUUGAUUCUAUUAAUUUAUUUAAAAUUUGGUUAAUUCAACAACGAAUUCCAUCACUCUUAGCUCAUCUCAAUUGUCAUAUUUAUACACGUAUACCAUCAUUAAAUCCAAAACAUGAAUUAAUUAUUCCUUUCAUUAAUAAUAGUAUUUAUAUUGAAUUAAUUCAUAAUGAAGGAUUUUAUAUUCUUCUUCAUGUAUCAGAUGUAAAUCAAUUAUUAGUUCAAUAUUAUUUACUAAUUGUUGAAAAACGUUCAUCUAUUCAUGAACCACUUAUUCUUCAACAACAGCAACAAACAUCUAAUCAACAAACAACAACAACAACAACAACAUCGAAUGAUGAAGGUGCAAAAUGGAUAUUAGAACCACUAGUUCUAUAUCCAUUAGAUCCAACAACAUUUUUACGAAAAGAAUUAUUUGAAUUUAAAAAUUUAUUUCAAUAUAAUAAAUCAAUUAUAGAUGAUGAUGGAGUUAAACAAGCACAACUGACAUCGAUCUUAUCUAUUAAAUCACUAAUAAAAUUUGUUAAUUAUUAUGAUGAAAUGCUUUCAUUUAUAUUUUUAAAGGAAAAUUUUCAACAGAAAAAAACACUUUGUAAAAGUGUUCUCUAUUGUCCAUGGACAGGCAUACCUUAUCUUGAUGUUGUUCGAACACCAACUGAUGAUGAUUCAUUUUUAUCAAAUACUGAACUUCUCAGCUAUAUUAAUGAAUAUUUUUGGCCUCGUAUUCAAUCUUGUACUAUUCGAUUAGCUUAUACUAUACGUGAUAUUGGUCGUGACAAUAAAUCUACAAUACGACAAUGGACUCUAGAUUUAAAUUUUUUCAAUAAAAAUUAUUUUCAUAAUGCUUUUAUUAAAACUCCAUAUAAUUCUGUUGUUGUUUGUAAUCAAACAUCACAAGAGACUUCUUCCAAAAUAGUCGAUUCUAUUCAUAGUAAACUUCGAGCUGCAUAUGAAUUAACACAUUUAUUUGAAAAUUAUUCAUUAGCAUUAUUAGAACUAACUGAUCUUCAUGCAAUUUCUAAAUUAAUUUCAUUUAAUUUUUUUAAAUGUACAAUUCAUUAUGGACCAAAUUUUGCUUAUGCUGUAACAUUAACCUAUAAUAGUAAUCAAACACAACAAGAAUUAAAUUCAAAUGUCGAAGGAACAUUUGAUUUACGUUUUACAACAAUAAACAAUACAUUUAUACCAACAUAUCAUCAAAUAUUAAGCAGAAAAUUAUGUUUAUUUUUUAAUCAAACACGUUCAUUAAAACAAUUUAUUCGAUUGUUACAUAUGACAGCAAUUCCGUUGUCUUCAAUUGCUCGAUUAAAUUGUUUCAAUCGACCGAUUGUUUUUGUUAAUCAGGGUGGCUGUACUCAAUCGAUUCUUACAUUUGUUCCAUAUACUGAAUCUCGAUGGCGUCUUAUAUUUGGUCAAAUAUUUGCACUUGAUAUUCAGAUAUGUGGUCCUAAUUUAAUCCUGGUUCGUGAUGGUUCAUUUAGUGUACAAUUAAAUAAUUCAUUAUCUGAACUUGCACUAAUCCCUAGACUUAAAGAAUUUUUAUCGGUAUAUGCCAAUGAUCGUGGUUUAACAUUUGAAUUUUCUGAUAUAACAAAUUGUUUUCAUGAACAAGAUUUUAUUUUGCCAGAACAGCAAACAUCUCUACUACCACCAAUUUCAAGUCAAAUGACAAAUCAAAGCCUAAACACAGAAAAUGAUUCAAUAUUACCGAAUUCAUUCAUGGAUAUAACAACACAAUCACCAGUUUCAUCACCUAGUGAUAUUUAUGAUGUGAUAUUUCGAGAUUCAUUACCUGUUACCUCAGCAUCAACUUCAUCCAACGUCAGAUCAGAUCAUACUGAUAAUCAACAAUUAUCAGUACGCUAUAGUUAUAAUCGUGAAUUAUUAACCAAAGUUAAUUAUCCUGUAUAUAUGACUCAACAAACAUUUUUUCAAAUGCUUUUUACACCUGAUGGACAUCAAUGGUCGAAAUUAGAAUCAUUUCUUGCUUCAUCUCUUCUUGUACGACAAUUUGCUAAGGCUGUUACUGAACCUGCUGAUGCAAAUAAUCCAACUGUUCGUUCUAUAUCAAAUGAACAAGAUACAUAUCGAAUAGAACAUUUAUCUCUUCAAAUAUCAUUUGUAUUCGAUAUUCCAACAGCUAUGUAUCGAAUGUAUUUUAUGUCUUUAUUUGAUUCAACAUCAUCACAACCAUCGAAUAUUUUCUGGUCAUCAGAUGAACUUCAACUAAUGGAAAUAUUUUUUAAUGAGACAUUUUUUCCAUUAUCACCAAUAUCGAAUUUAAUAAUGCCUUCAAAUGAUAUUUUAUCUUUACAAGCAUCUCAAAAUCAAAGUACAGCUAUGGGUUCAUUUGAACGAAUGCUUUCACUUAUUCAACCUCGAAUAUUAAAAGAUUUAGUGAAAAUAAUUGGACUCGAACAGAAUCCUGAAAAUCAUCAUUUAUGGCGAGCACGUUGGUGUUUAACAGUACCACAAGGUAAUGGUUUUUCUCAAGUUGGCCAACCAGCAAUCUAUUAUAUGUCUAGUCGAUCAUCAUUUAUUUUUAUGUUUCAAUUUAUUUCUCGAAUAAAUCAAAAUGAACUUCAAACAAAUUCUAGUAAUACUUCAACAUUUAUUGUUCCAUUAGUCUAUGAUAUGAUUAAUAAUCAAACAAUUUUAUGGGAUGGAAUAAAUAAACAACCAUCGAUUGGAAAUGAGACUAUUGAUUUGUAUUCACCAAAAAAGAAACAAAAUAAAACUAAUUAUAUAUUUACAUUGAUAUUAUUAUUAAAACGACGCUAA